AUGGCGAAAAAGGGCGGCAAAGUAAAGAAUAGAGCGUUAAAUGCUCUGGAAAUUGCCGAAGCAGAGCAAAACAGCUCCUCCGAUAUUGGAAGCGAGUCUGAGGGAGAUAAUCAGAAGUUCAAGUCAGGAAUUUUGACCGUUGACGGGAAGGAUUUUGAGGAUGAAGAGCUAGACUCUGAUGACGCGCUGGACUCAGAAGACGACUACGACGUUUUGAACUCCAAGUUUUCGCAAACUAUUCGUGACAAGGGUGAGGCUGAUGAAGGCUACGACAGUAUAGACGAGAGCGAGUUGAUUCCGCUUUCGGAAGUUUGGGCUCGAGACGACGAAGAGUUGAAACGAUCCGGAGGAAAAGAGCUUGUUUUAGAUGAUAAUCUAGUGUCUGAUGAGAGCAGCAGCGAAGAGAGCGAGGACAGCGAGGAAGAAGACGUUUUUGACGAUUUAGAGGACGAAGAGAACGAAUUAUCCACCGUGAAGAGCCAGCUGCGGUCCAAGGACAGUUCCAAGGCCCAUAAGACACUCAUCAACGACAAGACAGAAGAAAAUGCAUUUCGUGUGCCUGCGACCGGCCAGAAGCUCAGUCUCGCUGAGAUGAUGGGCGACAUAGAAACCGAGAAGCCUUUGCUUUUAAAUGAAAGCUCUGCUCCUGAGCCAUUGGCAGUUCCUCUUCCGCAGAGUAUCCAAAAAAGGCAUGAGAGGCGUGCAGCUUACGAGAUUCAAAAAGAAGAGGUCGAAAAAUGGACAGACAGCAUUCAAGCCAACAGACGAGCAGAAGUGCUCAAGUUUCCGGCCAAAGACGGCGUCCAGCACAACCAAACGUCUUCGUUCCAGCCUGCUGAGGUUCCUCUGACGAGUCUAGAUAAGAAGUUGGAUGGACUGUUGGAGCAGUCCACCAUUGAGAGCAAAAAGGCAGAGGACUUGUUUGAGAACAUCGAGACCGCUAAGCUUUCGAAAGAAGAGAUGGCCAAGAGGACAAGGGAGCUUCGGCUGAUGAGGGAGCUAAUGUAUCGAGGUCAAAAAGAUGCGAAACGGUUGAAAAAAAUCAAAUCUAAAACAUAUCGACAGAAGCUUAGAAAAGAAAAGCAGCGCAACAAGGAGCUCGUUGAAGGUUCCGAUGUGGAAGAUGAGGACGCCGACUACAAGAGAGCAGCAGAGCGGAUGUCUCUUAAGCACAAAAACACCUCAGAGUGGGCCAAGAGCAUGAUCAAGAGCGGAAUGUCUAAGGAUAAAGAGAGUCGAGAUGAGCUGGAAGAGAUGCUGCGCCAGGGAGAGAAACUGCGCCAGAAACAAUUGGGAUUAGGUGAAGGCGAGAGCGAGACUGAUGAGCGAGACGUUGCGGAGAUUGCUGCUGAACAGGUGGACGACGAUACCGAGCGGUCGAAGCUGGGCAAAGGCCUCAUGGCUAUGGACUUCAUGAAGCGGGCGGAGGAGCGCGAGAGGAUGGAAAACCAACGAUUGGCUGCUGAAUUGCAGUAUGGAGACGAGAGCGAUGAGGAGCAGGUGGCAAACGUGGUGAAAAAUGCCGGAAGAAGAGUGUACACCCCUGGAGCUGCGGCAGCUACAGAGCAGUGGAAAAUCGUGGAACAGAAAGCCAAAAGGGAUGCUGCCGAAGAUCAGGAAAAAAGUCUAGAGAAUAGGCUCAAGGCUAAGAACACACCAAAACAAAACCAGAAACUCGAGGAAACCAAUCCAUGGCUGGCGGAAGCAGAGCCUAAAAGAGGCCAAAAAGUGCGGGUUGUCGACGCCGACUCUUCGCGUGUUCAAAAAAGCGCUGCAAAAAUCAAGAAGCGGACGCGCAAGGAGGCCGAGAUGGAUGUGGAGAUCACGAUCGGUGAUACUCUAGACGACGAGCACGAAGGCGAAGGAGACAGAGAGCAGGACAUUCACGUGUUUCAACAGAAAGACUUGAUCAAACAGGCUUUUGCUGGAGACGACGUUGUCACUGAGUUCGAGCAGGAGAAGCGUGAAGUCGAGGAGUUGGAAGGAGACAAAGAAAUCGAUUUGACCUUGCCUGGUUGGGGCGACUGGGCCGGAGGUAACUCCAAGAAAAAGAAGAAGAUUGUGAAGACCAUCAACGGCGUUGUGCCAUCUGAUAAGCGGAAGGACAAGAACAAGAAGGGAGUGAUUGUGAAUGAGCGUGUCAACAAGAAAAAUGCCAAAUACCAGGCAGGCUCUGUUCCUUAUCCAUUUGAAACUAUGGAGCAGUACGAACGGUCCCUGAGACAGCCCAUUGGACAGGAGUGGACGAGUCGUGAAAUCCACCAAAAGCUCACCAUGCCAAAGGUCAUUGCCAAACACGGAAGUGUGAUUGCACCGAUGAAAAAGGAGUAG